AUGUGUCGCCUCAUCCUCUUCGCGGGCACAUGCACCCGCUGCAACCAGUCCCUGACGUGGGCCGAACUCUCCCAGCAGCUGUCCUGCCUCGAGGCCAAGAACGCCGACGAGUUCGGGGGCUGCCGCCGCGGCGUCGACGUCGAGACGCACGCCUUCGACCAGGAGUGCGACGCCUGCGCCGGCGAGGACGAGGGCGUCGCCGGGAUGGACUUCGGGGAACAGCAAUAUCAGGCGGCGCAGUACCACAACCACCAGCAAUAUCACGAGUACGCCCAAUAUCAACUCCAACAGCAGCAGGGACAACAGCACGGUUUUGGCACCGGGGUCGACGAAUAA